UCUUCGGCAAAGUUGUUCAGUAGGUCAAUAUGAAAUAUUAUAUGAAAUACCGUAAACUACUAUGUUUCUAACAAAACUUGGGCAUUUUGAACCAUCUUUCCCUACACCUAUAGAAACGCCAGAGAGAAUGAUACCCACUGAACCAAACCACUCAUUCGGGGUAUAAUCGUGUUACAGUAAACUUCACAACUUUUGCGAGCGAGAAAGAGAGUCAAUCUAGUAGGCGGCCGUGGGAGGAAGAAAAGUUCAACCAUCAACACCCAGAAAACGCAGAAGGCGCAGGCAGCAAGGCUGGUUGAUUGAUUUGCACCGAAGCCGGCUGCUGGGUUGCUGAGAUCAACGAAACAGGCUAACGUUCCGGAACGAAACAUCGGAGAGAAGUGAAAACGCAAAGUACCUGCCUGUACCUGUGCUAUGAUGGGUGGAAAAAUGCAGCAGCAGGAACGACAAACUUCCGCUCGAUUAAUCAUUGCUGUGGUGGCGCUGGUGUUGCAGUUGCUGACGUUGUUGCCAGUGACGGAAUGCGUCCGGGCUUACGGUGGAGAUCCGCAGUUGAAUGCGAUUUAUUUCAACGUGUUGAUGAGUGAAGGCUUGAACGUGAAUGGCCAGGUGGAACUGUUACAAAAGGCGCUGGAUGGAGUGCAGUACUUCACGGAGCGACGACAAGGGACCCAGAUGGACGAGAGGGUUGAGCACCAGUUGGCACAGCUGCUUUCGUUGAUUAAUCAAAACUUGGUCAAGCUACCACUCAGCAAUCGGACAAGGACUCAGAUGUAUGAACAGUUGCUGGCGAUUAUUCAACCAAUCAUCGAUGUGGAGAUUUGAAUUGUUUCCAAGGCAAUUUUCGCUUGCUUUGUUUCGGUGAUAAUAAAAUGUUUAAGUCGAUCAUGCCGUGCCCAA